UUUACACCUACAUAAUACUAUUUUCAUCUCACUCGACCUCGUGGGAAACAUUGUACUUAUGGACAUACGAAAUUGAUCCAACAUAUUAAUAAUUUGAUGUCAGUAAACAUUGCAUUCCAACUGACCAUUACCGAAACAUACUGUUAAUUGAUACAAUUGAAGACACAAACAAACAUUCCACAACAUACUAGUAAGUACUCAGCUAUAAUGCACAGAUCUACUGGUUUUCAUUUAGUGUUAGUGAUAACAGUGUUUUAAUUUCUGGCAAAGAAGCUAGCAAAGAUAUACUAUUCUAAUGAAGAAAGCUGCUAUGCAAAUUCCUUUUCUUCUGCUGAUUGUAGCCUCUCUUUUAGCAGUAACUGUUGAUGGGCAAGAACAUUGCACAGUUGGUGAUUUGCUAGAAUCGGCUUCCUCUUCUCCUAUGACUGGUACAUUGUUCUUGGACAUUGAUCAUCCAGCUCCUUGCUCUGGGCGGAUCACUGCCUGGCAUUUCUGCCAUUUUGCCCAGCGACGUAUACUUCUAUCCCGAGAAUUCACAGCAUUGCUGCAAGUAUGGAGACAAAUGGCAGGCACAGAUACUUACGAAAGAGUGGCCCAAUCGUCACAAACUGAUGAUGUCUUGAACUUUGGCCGUUCUGAAAGGUUUGAUUGCAGAGAUCACAUUCUGCAAGAAAGUGAUUUUAUUCCCAUUGAAGAAAACGAUAUUCUAGCUGUGUAUAUACCCGGAUCUGAUGGGUUGAGAAUGGUUUCGGAUGAUUUUCCAGGGAGUCGGUUGUACUACAUUGACACCGGUGCAGACAUUAAUGCCGUAACAACUUCUGAAUUAGCGCAGGAAAUAACUGGGCAUGAGCUUUAUUUGACAGCUGACAUAGCUAUAGAAACGGACUUGACUACAAUGACACCAACAAUUAUGACAACACUAACUACAGAUAUGAAUGAUUUCACAAUAGAAUCAACAGUUCCUGUGACAGUUCCUGUGACAGCUCCUGUGACCACUCCCCCAAACAGCACAGACUCAGGAACUAAUCAGCAGUCAUCUGACGAGGGUCUCUCCGGAGGGGGCGUGGCAGGCAUCAUCAUUGCAGUGAUGAUCCUUAUUGGUGUCAUUGUUGCCAUAUCAGUGCUAGGUCUGCUACUGUGGUACAAAAAAGGAAGGGGCUCAAGUUGGGAGAAAAGAUUCAAGAGAAAGAGUCAAGAGGUACCAUCAUACGACAAUACUGUCUACGAUGAAGCUCCAAUUCGUGCAAACUCGGCUUUAGCCCACUACCUGAACAGCACUGCCAUAGAAACGGGUCCAAUGACUGACUAUGAAAUCCCUAUAAGCACAAAGAGCGGUGCCAUCGCUAAGCCAAGGAAUCAGAUGGAGUCUAUGUACGUAGCCAUGGACGGAGCUAGUGUACAGAAACCACUGGACUCUGACACCCCAGAUUUUAUCGACUCUUUUGAAACUUACGCUAGUUCAGAGCCAGACAGCGAACGAUAUGCAGUUCAUAAGAGAAAUAGAACAGUUAAUCGGCAGAGCACAGAUGCAGUGUUCGAUAUCUAUCGCUCAUUUGGACCUGAGAAUGAAGUCUAUUGUCAGUUUAUGGAAGAGACUGUAUCACAAAAAGGCACCCUCCCACACAAUGCUACGAUGGGGGACUUUGACCCCUAUGCUGAUCCGCCUAGCAACGAGGAAGAAAUCUGUUUAACAUUGUCGACCAAGACACAGAGCAUUCACCACAGUAAAAUACAAAUCAUGGCUGAGAUAGGAUCUGGUGAGUUUGCCUUUGUUAACAAAGCUCAGUGGAUAGAGAAAUCGGGAGCAAGCCUGACAGUCGCUGUGAAGUCUCUCCACUCCCCAGCCUCACCCGAAGAAAGGAUAAAGUUCCUCCAAGAAGCAGCCAUUAUGAGCCAGUUUGUUCACCCCAAUGUAGUGAGACUGAUCGGAGUGGUGAAAACAGGAGAUGAGAUUUCACUUGUAACGGAGUACUGUGCAAAGGGGGAUUUGUGCUUCUGUCUCAAAGAGAUGAAAUCAGAACUAGGAAAUUUGCCACCGGAUACCCCACAAAAUUUGCUCAGCUAUUCCCAGCAGGUGGCACUGGCUAUGCACUACCUGUCAAGCAAGGGCUUUGUACACAGAGACCUGGCUGCUAGGAACAUCUUUGUAACGCAAGAGAACAUUUGCAAGUUGGGAGACUUUGGUAUGUCACGAGAUCUAGCCAAUGCCGAGUACUAUGUGUCACAAGGUGGAGCUAUUCCAGUUCGCUGGACAGCCCCUGAGGCCGUUUACUACAGCAAGUACUCCACAGCCAGUGACAUAUGGUCGUAUGGAUGCCUACUGUUUGAGAUUUGGAGUGUGGGCAGGAAACCAUUUGGUGGACUACCAAAUACAGAGGUUUUGGAGACUAUAAAGACAGGCUACAGACUCCCACCACCACCAGGAUGCCCUGAGGCAAUCUACAGUAUCAUGAUACAAUGCUGGGACCCACAAGUAAAGCCUCGACCAGCAUUCAGGGAUAUUCUCGAGUCUAUGUUGAGAGACGACAAAGAGCUUCUCUACAUACCCGAAGAGGAUGCCGCCUCAUACCCUCUGGCUACCCAACUAGGAGCUAUGUUGGAGGCCGGUAAAGGCAUGUACCUCUCCUUACAGCACACCUACCUCACGACUCUUCCCAUCAAUAAGAGAGAAACAAUCUACGAAGCAAUUGAGCAGUACUCGAUGGAGUCUCUGCCACAAACUUCACAAUCAAGCUUUUCUAAUGCUCCACCACCCUUGCCGUCUACACCAAUACCCAAAGCAGAUGUUACAUCCAAAAUGAGCUUUCGUAGCCCUCCUGCCACACCCCCUCCUCCGAUGAGGAAAGCUCUCCUCCAACAACAGUCAAGCAUUCGUAGCUUGGGUGCACCUCCAUUACCAUCAUCACCAAAGCCUUCGAAGACACCACUGUCACAGCAACUAAGCAUCGCAAGUUUGUCUUCGUCAUAUCCGAAUGUAAAACCAUCCCCACUCACAAAACAACCUGGAGAGGUGAGAGCGAGCAACAAGCAGCUGAUCUACAGCAAUGUCGACGAUGAAAUCUAUGAUGAUGUAGUCGGUGUCAUGUCCAGUACGAAUUCUGCUACAAAAAAUGAUGAUUUUAUCGAGGAUAUUUACGAGGAUAUAGCUGACGGAUCCAAUAUGGAAGGUGCUCCUGAUACAAGCGUGUACGAGGUGCCAGCUGAUGCUAGGGAUAACUACAAUCCUUACGAUGUGGACUAUGAAGAUAUUUAAUAUAGCCAACAUCAAUAAUUAUGCACAGUAUACUACUAGUGAUAGCUGCUAUACAUCACAUUUUUAUUUAUGUUGAUAUAAUACAUUUAUUGAAAAAUUACACACAAUCAGAUGGUGCAAAAUAAUACUUCCUAUUAUGGAUAUAAAACAGUAAACAUUGGCAGACUGUACACCCACCAACAGAGCCCACCUAAAAGCCGAGGCCUAUUGACCACUACCAAGGCACAUUCCUCCCACUCAAAAUGAGCUGUAGUUUAUUACUUUAU